CAGUUAAACAGCAAUCCUCAAAGAGAGUGUACGAAAAUGGCGGCCAUAGAUGUUGAACCUGCGAAAAUUGAAGCUGCAAUGCGUACGCUGAAAUUGUCUGGGCAUGUUGGCUUCGACAGCCUUCCGGACCAACUGGUUAACAAGAGUGUGCAGAAUGGAUUUGUCUUCAACAUUCUUUGUAUCGGUGAAACUGGUCUCGGCAAGUCUACGCUCAUGGACUCACUGUUCAACACUAACUUUGAGUCGGUGCCGAGCCCUCACAACCUUCCCACUGUUAAAUUGAAGGCACAUACCUAUGAACUGCAGGAGAGCAAUGUCAGGCUGAAGCUGACAAUUUGCGACACAGUGGGCUAUGGGGACCAAGUUAACAAGGAGGAUAGCUUCAAGGCUGUGGUGGAUUACAUUGAUGCCCAGUUUGAGGCUUUCCUGCAAGAGGAGCUGAAGAUUAAGAGGGCAUUGCCGACUUAUCAUGACAGCCGUCUGCAUGUCUGUCUGUAUUUCAUUUGUCCAACUGGCCAUGGUCUGAAAUCCAUAGACCUUGUGUGCAUGAAGAAAUUGGACACCAAAGUGAACAUCAUCCCCAUCAUUGCAAAGGCUGAUACUAUUUCUAAAACAGAACUGCAGAAAUUUAAGUCGAAAAUAAUGCAAGAGUUGCAAUCCAACGGCGUGGAGAUCUACCAAUUCCCGGUGGACGACGAGUCGGUGUCGGAGGUGAACAGCAGCAUGAACAGCCACAUCCCCUUCGCUGUGGUGGGCUCCACGGACUUCGUCAAGAUCGGGAACAAGACGGUCCGCGCCAGGCAGUACCCGUGGGGGACUGUGCAAGUGGAAAACGAGUCGCACUGCGACUUCGUGAAGCUGCGCGAGAUGCUGAUCCGCACGAACAUGGAGGACAUGCGCGAGCACACGCACGCGCGGCACUACGAGCUGUACCGGCGCCGCCGCCUCGCGCAGAUGGGCUUCAGCGACGUGGACGCGCACAACCAACCCGUGUCGUUCCAGCAGACGUUCGAGCAGAAGCGUUCGGCGCACGUGGCGGAGCUGCAGCAGAAGGAGGACGAGAUGCGGCAGAUGUUCGUGCAGCGCGUUAAGGACAAGGAGGCUGAGCUCAAGGAGGCCGAGAAGGAGCUGCACGCGAAAUUCGACAAAUUGAAAAAGGACCACACGGAGGAGAAGAAGCGUCUCGAGGAGUUGCGCAAGAAGAUCGAGGACGACACGAUCGAGUUCAACCGCCGCAAGCAGCAGUCGCACGCGCACCACACGCUCACGCUCGGCAAGAGCAAGAAGAAGUGAGGGGGAGGGGAGGGGAGUGGGAGAUGUCGCAGGGCAAUAGGGAAAUCGGGAUGAAUGGGAAGUGUCUGGGAAUAUUAAUUCAGCAAACCAAGUGUUAAUGAAAGCGAAGUAUUUUAUCGAUAAUUUACUAAAUGAAUUUGUGUAAAUUUUACGUAAAUUGUUAGUUUUCGUAUUAAAAGUAUUGUAAUUUCGUUGUUAAAAAUAAUGAAGAAAAAACGAAUAGUGUGGUAUCAAAGUAUUAUAAUGUAACGCCACCAUUAUACUAUGAUGAUAGUUGAAAUAUGUUGUGUACCUUUAUUCAUAAAUUGAGUCUAUUUGCGUUUUAACUCUAUAUUUUAUUGUGUAAAAUGCAUAUCUAGAUUAAAUGAUUGCCCUGCGACGACAACACGGCCACAUUGUAUAAAGCCAUAAGGAAAUUAUUAUCUGAUAUAAACUCGAACAAAAAUAAUUUACAUUAUAUUCAACUGUUAACCAAAAUAUAAGAUUAUAGUUUAUGAGUUGAUAUUUUUCACUCUGAUACAUCUUAUACCACUAAUAGACAGAAUCAAGUUCAGCACCAAGUUCUAUUCUGUUUUUGCUUAAAAAUAGCAAUAGAGGCUAUUUAAUACAAUAGCGUAAUAAAUUCAUUCUAUUUAGAACAACUUUAAUAUUUUUACACAUUGCCAUAGUGAAUAAUAUGGUACCUUGGAAUUUUUUGCAAAUUCAAUUUUAUUUUGAAAAAAUAAUAGUUUUAAGCAUUUGUCCAAUUUAGGACUGCCACGUUAUUUAGCACUUAGCCAUAUGUAAUACAUUUUAUACCAAAUUUUUAUUUAUAUUAUUCCUAUUACGUAUAGGUUAAGAUUUAAUUUUAAGAAGUAAAAGUAUUGUAUAGAUACCAGCAAUGAAGUGUUUGUUCAGAUAUUUUAUCUCAUUCGGCUUCAUACGUAUUUAUCUGUGUAUGGUUGGAACAGUACUCAAUAUACAAAUUUGAUUUUCCCACCGAUUGAAUAUUUUCUGCAUUCAAAAAUACUAAAUCAUUCCUCUGAUGUUCAAAUGCAAUAUCCUCGUUAAGUGUUUCAAAAAAGACAAUUAUACACAGAAAAAUAUUUAUCAAUAUGCUUUAAUUGGUAAAAACAUGAAAAGUAUUAAAUUGUAUCGCUGAUACAAAAAUAUUGUAUUGAACGUUUAAAAUUUAUUCUAGUUGGUGAUAACAAUGUCUAAAGUUGCCGAAUAAUUAAAACAACGAGUUGUGUUUAAAUAGUUUAUUGAGCUUGGCUUCACUCGCCUAGUUAGUGACUAGAUUAUUAUACAUUUGUCAUUUUACAUACUAUUUUUACGAGUAAUUUUGUAUGAAGUCCGCUCUCUGUAUCUAAAUUUCGAUCUGCAUUUAUCAUCCAUUCCUGUAUAUGAUUUUUAGCGUUACUAUAGUUUUAUAUUAUUUUAUAGAAUAAAAAUUUAUUAAAUAAAUAAGUA